AGCGGGAUUAGGUCAUCUCUGUUCUUUCCGGGCCCCUAUUUUUAUUUUAAAAAAAUUUUGAGUCACUACUUUACUACGCCUGCAUGGGCAACCAUGGCAGAUCUUCAUUCUGAUGCUCUCGUCAAUUCCUUAUCCCAGAAAUUGCAGGCUCAUACCAUGUCCGAGCUCCAUACAGUUCCGGAGCUCGCUGAUAAUGAACCGAGGCAGCAAAGCAGUGGCACCCCCACCCAUCGGGUUCAUGAAGGCUACGGAUUCCGCCCUCCAUCCGGAGUGUCGACGCCGCUGACAGGCCAUGCACCUCCAGAUACGCUCGUCCCCGAUGUAAAUGGCCUCGGUUGGCCCGCAAAGUCUACGUACUCUCGUUUGACUGCGACAGCCGAGGAGAAGAAAGAGCGAGAACAGAAGAUCGCCUGCCGCUGUCUGUUGCGGACGCCUGAUCGGUAUGCUCAAGCUGUGAUGUGGAUGACAAGGGGUUAUGAAGAACGCUUAGCAGAUGUAAUUAACGACGCUGUCUUUGCCGAAGACCACGAUGAAAUGGUCAUCGUUCGCGAUAUUGAUAUUUCAAGUCUUUGCGAACAUCAUUUGGUUCCCUUCACGGGAAAAGUUGCCAUAGCUUACAUCCCUAACAAGCUCGUCUUAGGCCUUUCCAAGUUGGCACGAAUAGCGGAAACCUUCAGCCGACGGCUCCAAGUCCAAGAACGAUUGACGAAGCAGAUCGCAAUUGCAAUUCAAGAGGCCAUAAAGCCUCGCGGAGUAGCUGUGGUCAUGGAAGCAACUCAUCUCUGUAUGACAAUGCGUGGCGUUCAGAAACCUGGUGCCAUCACCGUGACAUCUUGUAUGCUGGGCUGUUUCCGUACACAUCAAAAAAUUCGAGAAGAAUUCCUCAGUCUAAUCAAGCGAUAACAAAGCAGACCUCUUCUUUUCUUAUCCAUACCGAUAUUGGAUACCUCCCUCACGUUCAACAACGAGGGUAAUGGAGGAGCGUGAGAUUAUGUAGUUCUACAGAUUUAUACAUAAAUACAGUAAAUGCACUAUGGUACAUUGCUAUUAUUGUAGACCAAUUUGACAA